AGUAGCGUCUUAGCCUUGAUGGUUUGUGGAUCUACUACUACAUGUGUUAGUGUUCAUUGAGACUUUGAAAGUGAAAGGUGGUGCCAAUGUAGUUGUGGUAAAUAUAUUACUGUGGGUUUUGGGCUGAUAUAUCUUCAGACCAAACCAUCAAAAUGCCGGGUUUGAUUCGUGUGAGUGAAUUCGUCGAAGAAACUCGCGAGGAUUACAAUUCGCCAACAACUUCAACUUUCGUUUCACGGAUGCCACAAUGCAGACAGACGAUUGCAUCGCUGGAAGAAACGCUGGACUUUGACCGCGAUGGCCUGACGAAGAUGAAGAAAGCGAUCAAGGCGAUACACAACUCCGGCAACUCGCACGUGGACAACGAGGUGUACCUGUCGCGCGCGCUGGAGAGGCUGGGCGGCAAUGCUCUCGACAAGGAUCAGGAACCCGACAUCGGCGCCGCCUUCAUCAAGUUCGCCGUCGUCACCAAGGAGCUGUCGCAGCUCAUGAAGACGCUGAUGCAGAACAUUAACAACAUCGUGAUGUUCCCGCUGGACAACUUGCUCAAAGGGGACCUGCGAGGUGUGAAAGGCGACCUGAAGCGGCCGUUCGACAAGGCGUGGAAGGACUACGAGGCCAAGUACUCCAAGAUCGAGAAGGAGAAGAAGCAGCAGGCCAAGGAGGCGGGACUCAUCCGCACGGAGGUGACGCCCGCCGAGGUCGCCGACGAGAUGGAGAAGGAGCGCCGCCUCUUCCAGCUGCAGAUGUGCGAGUACCUGAUAAAAGUCAAUGAGAUUAAGACGAAGAAAGGCAUCGAACUGCUUCAGCACCUCGUUGAGUACUACCACGCACAGACGAACUACUUCCAGGACGGGCUGAAGACGAUCGAGCACUUCGGCAGCUACGUGGCCGACCUGUCGGUGAAGCUGCACAAGAUCCGCCAGAAGCAGGACGAGGAGCGGCGCCGGCUGUCCGAGCUGCGGUCGCUGCUCCGCAGCGCGCCCGGCAUCGACAAGGAGUCCAGCGUGUCUUCAGUGAGUGCAGACAAGGGUGGUGGCUAUUCGUUGCACCAGAUGCAAGGUGACAAGCAGCACGGGGUGACCCGGACGGGCCACCUGUUAAAGAAGUCGGAGGGAAAGAUGCGUCGUGUGUGGCAGAAGAGGAGGUGCCGUGUGACCGCUGAGGGAUUUCUCGAGAUCUGCCACGCAGACGAAACUAAGCCACCCACCAGGGUGAACCUUCUGACGUGCCAGAUGAAGCUGGUGCCCGAUGACAGGCGCUGCUUUGACCUCAUCUCUUACAACAGAACAUACCAUUUCCAAGCAGAAGAUGAGGCAGAUCAGCGAGCAUGGAUGUCUGUGCUGGUGAACUGUAAAGAAGGAGCACUCAUGCGUGCAUUUGAUGACAGCGGCCGUGGUGGCAGUGAGCGGCUGAACCCAGGGCUGGUGGAGCUGCAGCAGGCCAUCAUCAGAUUUGUACAGAGGCUACCCGGCAAUGAGCGCUGUUGUGACUGCAGCUCUCAGAAUGAUGCUACAUGGUUGUCAACAAAUUUUGGCAUCAUAGUUUGUAUAGAAUGUUCUGGAAUACACCGAGACCUCGGUGUUCAUAUUUCUCGGAUACAGUCAUUAACAUUAGAUAAUGUAGGAACAUCACAAUUACUUUUAGCUAGGAACAUGACAAACAAUAGGUUUAAUGAAGUAAUGGAAGCCAGGCUCAGGUCUUCAAAAUUGAACCCCAACAGUACAAUGGAAGAGAGGUAUGACUACAUUCGUGCUAAGUAUGUGGAGAAGAAAUUUGUUGAACGUACAUGUUCAGAUGAGUGUGAUCUCCUGAGUGAACUGGAACAUGCAGUGAACAAUAAGAGUUUGUACAAUUUACUUCAAGUUUUUGCAGAGGGAGUUGAUCUUUCUGCACCAUUACCAUCCAGUGAUUGUGGGGAGACAGCACUUCAUCUUGCAGUGGCACGUGAGAUGGGGAAUUCACUCCACCUGGUUGACUUCUUGGUGCAGAACAUGUCAACACAUUCUCUAGACCGUGGCACAACUCCAGGAGGUGACACUGCACUACAUCUCUGUGCCCUCCAUGAUCGACCUGAAUGUAUGAAACUGCUGUUGCGCAGUGGAGCCGAUCCAACAGUGCGUAAUUCUCGAGACAAAACACCAAUGGAUAUCGCCCAGGAGCGUGGUCACUCAACCUGUGAGGAACUGCUGCGCCAUGCACUUCAGAGGCAGAAGAGUCAUUUUGAUAAUGUGAACAUUGACUGGAAUUUGUCACAUGAUGAAGGGUCAACAGAUUUCUCAGAUGAUGAAACAAUCAUUGAUGACAGGAAUGGCUCAAUAACUCCAGAGAAGAAGACACGGUCAAGGCCACCCAGCUAUGCUGGAGGUGAGUCCCCCGUGAACCUGCGCUCUCGCUCCUCUACCUCUGACAGUAUCAAGUCCGGCUCUGGCUCCAGCCCCAACAGCAACUACCGGCCGGUGCCACCCCCUCCCCCACCUCAGAAUCGUAAACCUUGCAUUGUUCCUGCCCCUAAUGCCCAUGGAAGCCUGAAGAAGAGAGCUGCUCCAUUACCUCCAGUCACCAACAUCUAUGGAACAUUGCCCAAUAGUCAUAGCCGAACGCCAUCAGACCCAAUUGUGGCCAACAGCCAUGGUUAUCACACGCUCAAUCACCAUAAGAGGUCACCAUCGAGUGACUCAGGUGCUGUGAGCAUUACAAAUAGAACAGCCUUAAUGUUAGCUGGUGCAAAGCAGGUUCUGCCUCCUGGUGAGCCACCAUCACUGAAGUCGCUUAAUGCGGUUCUGGAUAAAAGCGGUGGUGUGCAGCGACCACGGGGGCCUCCGCCACCAGCACCAAGCCCGGUUUCCAGUACCGGGAGGCUAGCCAAUGGUCGGUCCACUGAGAGCAUAUCGUCCGUUGCAUCAGAUGUUGAGACUGCAAGCUCUGGAAUUGGCCUGCACAAUCCAAUUCCUCCUCCUCGAAAGAAAAAAGAAAGGUCAAGGCUAGAAAGCUAUGCCGAAGAAAGUGAUCUCCACAUUAAUUUGCCAACAACGUCCACAGCCAUCCCUGCACCGGCGCCCCGCCGUUGCCGUGCGCUCUACGACUGUGAGGCCGAUAACGAUGAUGAACUUUCCUUCAAGGAAGGAGAGGUGAUAAUUGUAACCAAUACACAGACAGAUGAUGAGAACUGGAUGGAGGGUGAAGUGGAAGGGCAACCAUCACGAAAGGGGAUGUUCCCUGUCAGUUUUGUUUACAUGUUAUCAGAUUGAGUCUGUUGAGCAACUGUGCAACAUGUCAUACUGCAUUUUUGAGAAAGCUCUAUUUUUAUUGUGGUCAGUAAGGCUCAAAUAUAGCUUUUGUGAGGAACUAAAUUUAUGCAGGGCUACAGUUUAUUGGCCUCUUCACUUCUCACUUUAAUACUCCAAAUUCACUGUGCACUGACAUCCUUAUCAUUGAUGCCCUUUUAUGCUGUUUGUGGUGGCUGUGAUGUACAACUUGCCCACAGAAGCAGAGUGGCAUUUAAAAUUUGUUGUAACAGCUAUACCCUUGUUCCAAAUGUCAUUUUUGUCCAGUGCCAUAAGAAUAGUGGAUAAUUUGCACAGUUGAUGUCUGUGUUGCUGUUGACUAGUCAUGAGGGUGCAAGACUUUAAAGUGCUUUGUAGAAUAUGUGUAUACUCCACAGGUUACAAAGAUGUACUCAGAAACAUACAAAGAGAAAAUGAGAUAGUCAAAUAUGUAAUAUUUUAUUAAUGUAAUAGUAAAUUUUGGAUAGCAAAGUAGAUAUUCAGAGUAAUAUAUUGAGUAUUGUUGUAAGCUGUUGCCAUUGUUGGGACAUCUUCAGAGAUCUAAUCCCUAACAUUUCCGAUCACACUGGGGUACCAGAGCUGUUUGCAGUAAUUUCUUUGCAAUAAAAUUAAUUAUUGGCAAUGUUAUUUUCCUGUUAUGCAGUAAAAUAAUGUAGACAAUCAUUUAAUUGAGUGGUUAAAGAUAAUGGAGCUUGCUGGCAAACACGUAAAACUCAAAUUUCUCAGCUUGAUUGGUAUGACUGUGUAGGACAGCUGUAGCUCUUCACCCCAGCCUUGCGAGUCUUAUAAAGAAUGUGAUAAUAUUUUGAAUGUUGUUAGUGUAAAUCCCAUAACAUAAAAAAUGUUGAGUUCCUUUUUAUUUUUGUUACUUUCAUUUUAUAAGAAAAGUCAUAAGCACUCAAUGCUAUAUAUAAUUAUUUUUGGAUGUAGAUAUACAAUAAUGCUGUCAUUUAGUAAUAUGUAAAUUACCACAAGCUCUUUUUGAAGUACCAGUAGGUCUGACCUUUAGUCAUUUGCUGUAUUGAUAAAGUGCUCACAAUUAAAUUGCCUUGGUAGUAUUUUACAAAUGCUACUUUGUAAGAAGGGCCUACAUUAUUUGUCCUCAAUUACACUGUAAAAUCUUUUGUGCCCUAUGGGCAACCUGAGAGAAAUUGGCUACCAGACAUUCUGAUGUCAUUCAGCUUGGGGCAACUAUGUUUUUGAGUGCUUAUUGUAUCUUGAAAUAUAAUCAUCAUUUCAGUUGAAACAAUGAAAUAUACAUUUUCUGUAUACUACAAGUGGAUCACACAGGAAACCAAAAGAAAAAAAAAGUUGUCACAUAACCUACCCUCAUUGCUGCUUCCACCAGCCCCUCCCUGCUUACCUUCCUUCAUCCCCCCUCCCCUCUCACAGUAAUAUACCUUAUUUUCUUUGCCUGUUGCAUUGAAUUAUUAAAACAAUUGAAAGACUCGACAAUAUUUUGAUCUUCUACACACCCUUCUCCCCUCUCCCUUAUGCCCCCCCCCCCCCCCCCCCCCCCGCCCCACACACACAGAUAAAUGAAGGAUUAAAACUGAUUUUGCAGUUUCUUGAAUGGGCAAGUAGUGGCCUUCAUGUGAUGCUAUAUUGGCAAUGUAGCACUAGAAGAUUAAUGAGUUAUCUUGUUUUUCUUUUAAAAGAUCAAAAAUAAUGUUACUUUUUCAAAACCAAAGAUUUUGUUUUUUAUCUGCAUACAAUUAUAUAAAUGUUACUGUACAUUUUCUGUAUAAUAUUAAAUCUAACGUGUGUAAAUAUUGUCUAAAGGAGUAGUCCUAAGCCAUAUUUUUAUUGUAAAUAAGUAAUACAUAUAAGAUAAAUAUAUUUAUAGUUAUAUUGCAUAUUGUGCAAUAUGUGAUUAAUUUAUCAAUGAGCUGUAGUUACAAAAUGCAGGCUGUUAGGAUGCAGCACGUUAAAAAUGUAAAACUUUAUUUAUUCCUACAAUACUCACUGCUCCACAUUGCUUGGUGGAGAGAGAUUCUGAUGAAAUAAGACAAGUUUUGAAUCGUCUAAUAAAAGAAAAAGCUUUCAUUAAAUAGAGCACAAACUAUUUUAAGUUGGCAGAAAAAUGAAUUUAUAAAUGAUAAAUGUAAUAUGGAGUCAAAAAAUAAAAUAUUUGAUACAGUGUGA